AUGGAGAGCUACGAAGAUCUGAUCAACAACAACAAAGUCAUCUUGGAUGAUGGAAAUUAUGGGUUUUGGAAGUCGAGGAUCAAAUCCAUCAUAGGAGGUAUUGACCGCCUUGCUUGGAAGACUGUUCUAGAAAAGUGGGAGGAACCAACGAUCAAGGAUGAAUCAGGCAAGCGAAUUCCCAAACCCGAAGCAGAAUGGACUGAUGAAGAACAAAAGAGAUCAAAAUACAACUCAAGAGCCUUAAGUGCUAUUCAUUGCAGUGUUGGGAGAAAACAGUUUGAUUUGAUUCAAGGAUGUGAAACUGCUAAAGAAGCAUGGGAUAUCCUUCAAAUUCAUUAUGAAGGUACAACAAAAGUGCAGAAUUCAAGAAAGGAUAUGUUGGCUUCUAGAUUUGAGAAUCUAAAGAUGGAGGAACAUGAAUCAAUUUCAGACUUUAGUUCAAAGUUGAGUGCUCUAUCACAAGAAGCCUUAACUCUUGGGAAGACGUAUAAGGAUCAGAAGUUAGUCAAAAAGUUUUUAAGGUGUCUUCCAUCUAGGUUUAUGGGAUACAAAACAGCCUUAACUGUCUCUCAAGAUUUAGAAAAUCUCAGUUACGGUGAAGUGGUUGGAAUGCUACAGGCACACGAGAUGGACCUUAAUGGGAUUAAGAAAUCAAAAGGAAUAGCUCUAGCAGUAAGCAAAGACUUAACUGAUCAAGGAGAAGAAGAUGUUGUGAGCUUGUUGGUAAGAAGAUUUGAUCGAGCUUUAAGAAGGAUAGAACAAGGUCAAGGUCAAAAGAAGAGUAAUUCAUUCAAGAAGACAAGUGAAAACAAAAAGGCUGAUAUGCAGUGUCAUGAAUGUAAGGGAUAUGGUCAUUUUAUCCGAGAAUGUCCAACAAUCAAGUUACGAGAUGCCAAGUGCACAAUCUGUAAAGAGACUGGACACACACAUGAGGAAUGUGUGAGCAACUCUAAAGUCAAGAAAGAAAAGUCUAUGAUUAGCAUUGAAAAUGAAUCAGAUAGUGAUAGUAGUAGCGAAGAAGAACUCAUUAAUUUAGUAGCUAUGGUGGGUAUUACUGAAUUUGAGAAUGGGGAAGAAGUAAUUGAUUCAGAAUCAGAUGGAGAUGAAGUUCUUGACAUUGUUCAGAGUUACAAGGAAAAUGAAUUGAUGGAUGAGAAAAAGCUGGCUAAAGAUUCGCUAGAUCUGAUGAAAGAGAAGUUGGUCUUAUCGGCAAAAGCUGACAAGCUUGAAGAAGAACUACUUAGAGAAAGGAAUAAAUCUACAGAACUACAAACUGAAUUAGACCAACAACAUAGGAAGAUUCAUAUGUUUGCAGGAACCAAGCAACUUGACAAAAUUUUGAGCUAUGGGAGAACUGAGAAGACUCAUAGAGGAUUAGGCUUUAAUGAGAACAUGGGAGCUAAAUCACAGACAACCAAAUUUGUAUCUGCGGGAGCCUAUCAAUCUGAGAAGGAGAUAUCUUAUGGUGUUUCUCAUGGAUCUUUGACUUGUUACUAUUGUGGAAAAAUCGGUCACUACAAACGAUUUUGUUACAAAUAUUGGCAGAAGGUCUGUACUUUAAAGCAACAAGGAAGAUUUUUCUGGAAUGGAGUUAGAAGACAAGUUUGGAUGAAGAAAGCUGACCUAUAUCAAUCGGAAUCAAUGGUAGCCUCAUGA